GAAAAAGUGUACGAUGUUUAUUUGACAGUCAGUUUUCGUCUCAGUUUUCUUCAUUUUUUCACCAAAUUUCAUUUAAGAAACUUUUUCUAUCCGGCAAUAUUUCUACUUUAAACGCGAAAAAUGGCAGAACAAAACCAAAAGCAGCCGUCGCAGCCUUUGCAGAAAAUCAAGAAGGACUUUGGAGCGCCACAGCGUAUGAACAGCAGUGGACGUUAUAUUAGUGCAUCGGGAUCGAAUUGGAGUUCAGUAAACAGGAAGUCACCAAUAUCCAAGGGAAACAUUAAGAAACGUGGUGACAGACAGCAGCAAACUGCACCUUCUCGUACAUCAUCGCAAUGGCAAAAGCAGACGCGAUCGCAGACGCAAGUUCCAUCUUCCCGUAAUUGGCAAUGGCAAAAGCAGACGCGAAACCAGUCCCAAACUGGGUCAACGCGGACUUGGCAAUGGAAACAGGCGCGAACUCAGUCGCAGCAAAAUCAGUCACAGCCGACCAGGCAGUGGCGACAAAAGCCAAAGGAGCAGAAGAUCACCAACUGGCGCGAACGUCCCGCUGGCGACUCAGCGCAGUCCAAGUCGAAGCCUGUCCUAGAAAAUUGGCGCCUGCAUGGAAAUAAUUCGUAGUAAUAUUUAUAAAUAUCCAAAAUAUGAUAAUAAAUUUUUAAUAAAAACAAGUAACUGAUGUAAGCUUGCAUUUAU